UCACAUCUUGAUUGAUUAGCCUGUUUCCAUUUCUCAAGAAACUGAAUCCGUUCAUUCUCUGAGCUAGCUUACAUACAUUGCUUCAACAAAGAAACGAAAAAAGAUUCAAAGAAAAAUGGAGAUUGCACAUUUCUUGUUUGGCAUAUUUGGGAAUGCUUCUGCUUUGUUCCUCUUCUUGUCUCCAGUGAUCACAUUCAAGAGGAUUAUUUGCAACAAAUCCACUGAAAAAUUCUCGGGCGUUCCUUACGUUAUGACACUCCUCAAUUGUCUUCUUUCUGCUUGGUAUGGGUUGCCAUUUGUGUCACCCAACAAUAUAUUGGUAUCAACUGUGAAUGGUGCAGGAGCAGUGAUUGAAAUCAUUUACGUCUUCAUCUUCAUCAUUUUGGCACCGAAGAAGGAAAAGGCCAAGAUUAUUGGUCUCUUCGCCUUUGUUCUUACUGUGUUCGCAGCUGUAGUUUUUAUUUCCCUUUUUGCCCUUCAUGGCAAUUCCAGGAAACUUUUCUGUGGCUUAGCUGCCUCCAUAUUUUCCAUAAUCAUGUACGGUUCACCACUCUCAAUUAUGAGGCUAGUGAUCAAAACAAAGAGUACAGAGUUCAUGCCCUUCUUCCUCUCACUGUUUGUGUUUCUAUGUGGCACUUCAUGGUUUAUCUUUGGUCUUCUAGGCCGUGACCCUUUUGUUGCUGUACCAAAUGGUGUUGGUUCUGCAUUGGGGACAAUGCAACUAAUAUUAUACUUCAUAUACCAUGACAAGAAAGGUGCUACAAAGAACCAAACUCAAACAGAGGAAGAAUCCAUGGAGAUGGGACAACAACAAGGGAAGCAAUCCAACAACACAAAUGGAACUACACAAGGAUAAUGAUGAAUCACGAUGACACACGAACAUUUGUCCAACAACAUCAAACUGCUACCAACUUUGUCAUUUGUAGUAGCUGCACCAUGUUGUAUGCAACUCACUAUAGCCAAAUGCUCUUCUUUUCUCCACUCCCCCCAUUAAUGCUUGUAAUUUGCUUCUUCUUACUUGUGACAUUGGCUGUUUGAGCCAAUGGUACUGCAUGGAAAAACAAUAUCAAUGGAUCUUAGUAGCUUCUUCCUCACUCAGGAAGAAUUUUCUAUUACAAUGACUUUU